AUGGCUGUCAAUAGAGUCUCUUCGGACCGCUCCGACAUUGAACACGUCUCUCACGAAAAAGACUCUGUUGCCCAUGAUGAGUAUCAACGCCAUGGCAACUUGAGUCCGGAGGAUGUUGCGUUUCUCGGAACCUUUCCAGAGGACAAAAAGAAGAAAGCAGUUCGCAAGGUCGACUACCGACUCAUGCCUGUGUUGAUUCUGCUCUACCUCAUGGCGUAUCUCGACAAGACCAACAUUGGGAACGCCAAGAUCGAAGGGCUAUUAGGUAGCCUCAAUAUGACGGGCGUCGAAUACAACAUUGCUGUCUCUGUUUUUUUCAUCCCUUUCGUACUGGCAGAGGUCCCGAGUAACAUGAUCCUUCACAUGUUCAAGAGACCUUCGCUCUACAUUGGUGGUAUUGUCACAUGCUGGGGCGUUGUCAUGACCUGCAACGGCGUGGUGCAAAGCUACGGUGGUCUGAUUGCUGUCCGAAUAUUCCUGGGCUUGUUUGAAGCAGGUUUCCUACCAGGCGCUAUCCUGAUCAUCUCCAAGUGGUACCUUCCAAAUGAAACACAGACUCGGAUAGCUCUUCUCUACACGUCCGCCGCAUCUGGUGGAGGCUUCUCUGGCCUGUUAGCAUUUGCCAUUGCAAAACUGGAUGGUUUUGGAGGAUACGAAAGCUGGCGAUGGAUCUUCAUACUCGAAGGCCUGGCUACAGUGGUCAUUGGUGUCAUUUGUUUCUUCUUCCUCGUCGACUCCCCCGCUCUGUCUAAGUGGCUUGACGACGACGAAAAGCGUUAUCUCGAACUACGACAAGAGGCCCGGCGGGUUCAUCGACCGAGCGAGUUCAGAGAGAAGCAUUUUGAUAAGCAAGCUUUGAUUUCUGUUCUGACAGACUGGAAGAUUUACCUCUUGAUUUUUGCAAACUGGUCGAAUGCAGUACCGAAUUACGCCAUGAAGUUUACGAUGCCGCAGAUUAUUAAGAACAUGGGAUACACCUCGGCCAACGCUCAACUUUUGACGAUGCCGCCGUAUGCAGUCGGGGCUAUUUCGGCCUACGUCUUUUCAGUCUUUGCUGACAGAUACUCCUGGCGAAUGCCGUUCAUCAUCGGCCCUCAGCUCUGCCUCGUUGCUGCGUUUAGUAUCUUGUUCACAAAGAGUGCCGACAUCAAAGACAACAUUGCAUUGUGUUAUUUUGCCGUUUGUCUGGCCUGUUUCGGAAUGUACCCGAUCCUACCUGGAGUCAAUGCCUGGAACGUAGCAAAUACGCCGAGCCCGGAGAAACGAGCAAUCAGCAUCGGCUUCCUAGUUUGUGUCGGAAACAUCGGUGGCCUGAUCGGCAGCUACAUCUACCUCGACAAAGAGGCGCCGACAUAUCCCACUGGCUUCGGUACAUCGUUUGGAUUUGCUUCGGCUGGUAUCAUUGCUGUGAUAACUCUCGAAUUUCUUUUGAAGAGGAUGAAUGAUAAGAAGGCGCUCCAGACUGAAGAUGAGGUCAGAGAAAGGUACACUGAGGAAGAGCUGGGCGGCAUGGGGGAGAAGAGCCCGUUGUUCAAAUAUGCUCUCUGA